GUUAUCAUACUUCCUCCUCACCGGUCCGAUCACGGCGGAGCUCGCUCACCCUCUUCUCAUCGUCAUUGAAGUUUCUCCGAGGUGCUUGCUCGGCCGUUACAGUUCAUCACUUCUCUUUAGCGAAUUUCAAUAGCAGAGGAGGAUGUUCAUGACACUAGCGGCUGCUAACGCCGUCUCGUUCAACUCAAAGCUUAUCUUGUUUCGAAUUCGCUGCUCGGAUUCUAGCCCUAAGCGCGGAUUUGGCUCUAAAAAGGAAGAGAAAGAUCCAUCGUUACUGCAAAGGAAACCAUCUUCGAAACAGCCUGUCUCUGCUCCCAGAAAGGCACCUGGUUUGAAUUCUCAGUUCGAAGGCAAACCUGGUCGGUCUUUCGAUGUAGACUUUGAGGAACGUCUUGAAAACAUUCGAAGGUCAGCUCUUGAGAAGAAAAAGACACAAGUAGUUAAUGAGUUUGGUCCGAUAGACUAUGAUGCACCUGCACCAGUCCAGACAGAUCAGAAAACAAUUGGUCUCGGUGCCAAGGUUGGAGUUGGCAUUGCUGUUGUUGUCUUUGGUUUAGUUUUUGCUCUUGGAGACUUUCUUCCCACAGGAAGUGAUAGUCCAACCGAGAAGACCUCGGUGGUUAAAAAUAAAAUUUCAGAGGAGGAGAAAGCCACGCUUCAGCAAAGGCUCAAAGAGUUUGAAACAACUCUCGAUGGGGCUCCUAAUGAUCAAACUGCUCUAGAGGGCGCAGCUGUAACACUGACUAAUCUGGGAGAGUAUUCACGGGCUGCUACGCUUCUUGAGAAAUUGGCUAAGGAGAGACCAACUGACCCUGAUGUCUUUCGGUUGCUUGGAGAAGUAAAUUUUGAACUUAAGAACUAUGAAGGCAGUAUCGCUGCUUACAAAAUUUCUGAAAAGGUUUCUAAAGGCAUUGAUCUUGAAGUCACACGAGGCCUCAUGAACGCUUAUCUAGCUGCUAAGAAACCAGACGAGGCUGUCAAAUUUCUUCUGGAUACUCGCGAACGAUUGAAUACAAGGAAAACUAGCACAGCAGACAGUGUUCCCGCUGAAACUGAACCAGAUCUAGACCCAAUUCAGGUUGAGUUGCUUCUUGGAAAAGCUUAUUCAGACUGGGGACAUAUCAGCGACGCUAUAGCUGUUUAUGAUCGGCUUAUCACUGACCAUCCUGAAGACUUCCGAGGUUACUUGGCUAAGGGAAUUAUACUGAAAGAAAAUGGAAGCAGAGGAGAUGCAGAGAGAAUGUUCAUCCAGGCACGGUUUUUCGCACCAGACAAAGCCAAGGCCUUUGUGGAUAGAUAUUCCAAACUGUGAUCAGUAGCUGCUUUUGUAUAUAUUUACGCACAUUGGCUUGUCCUUUUUGCAACCUAACUUUACAGCCGAAGUUGUAACAAGAUAAAUUUCCAAGGUGAAUAAGAUUCAUCUGCGAAAAUUACCUCGAGAAAGAUGGGUGAAUAAAUCUGUACAACACAAAUAUUAUCAACAUGAA